AAAUACUUAUUUUUAUAUUUUUAAAAAAAGUCUUUGAUUCAUAAUCAAAUUGGCAACUCUCAAUUAACAAGCAUGGCGGAUGAACAGAAAGAAGUAGACGCGCCUGGGAGCGAUGGUUUUCCAGCCCAGAAUCAGCAAAAUGACGACUCUAGCAUAGGGAAUGACGGAGGAGAAAAUGCAGAAACAUCUCCAGGAUCAUAUAGGUCGAGAUCGUAUGGAGGACCAAGCAGCAAUGGGGACCGGUACAACCGUGGCCCACCAAGAUUCAGGGGCCCGCCAGACCAGAUGAGGGGACCAUACGGUGGCGGCGGCGGUGGGCACCGCUCCAGAGGCCCACCCCCAAGGGACUUCCGGAACAGGUUUGGAGGCCCACCUCCGUUUGAUCCGCGUUUCGGACCGCCUCCAAGGAACCGGUUCGGACCUCCGCCAAGGAACAUGCCUCCUAUGCCUCCAAAUAUGCAGCCACCACCCGGAGGAAUGGGAGGUGGCAUGAUGCCCCCUCCCGGCAUGCCACCCCCAGGCAUGCCCCCUUUCUUUCCCCCUCACAUGGGGGGUAUGCCCCCCAUGCCCUUCCCGCAACCACCCCCUAACCAGCAAUCCCAGCAGCAACCACAGCAGAGCGGGCCCAAGCCCGCUGCUUUGACCACGCCCCCUCCCGGAGUCAGUCCGGCAGUGUUUGCCAUCGCCAUGGAUACCAACCAAGAUUUCUGGGUGGAGAAUGCGACGCCAGAAGGAAAGACAUACUUCUUCCAUGCCAAGAAGCGAGAGCCGACGUGGACCAAACCGGAGAACGUGCGUAUCAUCAAGCAGUCGGACCUGAACGCGAUAGCGGCGGCUGCGGGAGUGUCCCAGCAGCCGACCAGCAGUACUGCCACAUCCACAACCAGUGACACUAAGACCACCGAUUCCACUGCUUCUGAUGCCAGCGCAGGGCAGAAGGCAUCAAAUGAUGCUGCCAGCAGCCAACAGUCGGCCACACCCACCACUCAAUCACAGUCCACCCCGCCCACAUCACAGCCCUCCGGGGGGCCCGGGAUGGGCAUGCCCCCACGGAUGAACAUGACCCCUGGCCAGGGGCUGCUGCCGCCACCAGGGGGGAUGAUGCAGCCUCCCAUGGGUAUGCCGCCCCCAGGGGGCAUGCCACCCCCGGGGAUGAUGCCCCCACCUAACUUUGGGCCGUUUGGGGGCCGCAUGCCCCUCCCUGGGAUGCCUGGCAUGCCCCCUAUGCCCAUGCCAGGUAUGAUGCCCCCUAGAAUGCCUGGAGGGAUGCCCAUGCCUGGCGGGGGCAACAUGAUGCAACAGCCGCCAGCUAAUCAGCAACCACCAAAUCAGCAGCAGCAGCAGCAACAGUCGCAACCACCGUCACAACAGAAUCAGUCUGGCCCACAACAAUCUGGCUCAAACCAAUCAACUCCACAGCAACAACAGUCAAACCAGACGAACAACAGUGCUCCUGCCAAGAGUGAAUGGAUGGAGUAUAAGAGCAGUGAUAGUAGGACCUAUUACUACAACACUCGGACCAUGCAAUCUACAUGGGAGAAACCUAAAGAACUGGAAGAAGCCGAGAAAAAAGCAGCGGAGGAGGAAGCCAAGAAGAAAGAAGAGGAGGAAGAGAAGGAGAAAGAGACCGAGACACCGGCAGAAGAGGAGGAGGACAAGGAGGAGAUGGAUGACACAGAAGAAGAUAAACCAGAAGAUAAAGAGGAGGAGAUGGACCAGUCGGAGCCUGUUGUGGAGAGCAAACCCGUGGAGGUUGUGGAAACCAAGAAAGAAGAAGAGAAGCCAGUGGACAAAUCAAAACCAAUCGCUACUAAGCCCAUCCCGGGCACCCCAUGGUGUUUGGUAUGGACUGGCGAUAGCAAGGUAUUCUUCUACAACCCCAGUACAAGGCAGUCUUUGUGGGACAGACCUGAAGAUCUGUUGGGUCGGACAGACGUUGAUAGGAUGGUGCUGGAGAAGCCCCCGCAAGACGAGGAUGAGAAGAAAGAAGAGAAGAAAGAGGAGACGAAGGACCAUGAUGAGGAGGACCACGAGCCCAAGGCCAAGAAGAAGAAGAAGGACAAGCACCAGGGAGAUCCGGAGAAGCUAGCGGCGCUGGAGGCCGAGGUCAAAGCGGCCCGGGAGAGGGCACUGGUUCCCCUUGAGAUCAGGCAGAAGCAGUUCAGAGACAUGCUGCUGGAGAGAGGGGUUUCAGCGUUCUCCACCUGGGAGAAGGAGCUCCACAAGAUCGUCUUUGAUCAGAGGUACCUACUCCUGACUCCCCGGGAGCGGAAGCAUGAGUUUGAGAACUUCAUCAAGACGAGGGCUGACGAGGAGCGCAAGGAGAAGGCCACCAAGGUCAAACAGAGCAAGGAUGACUUCAAGGCUCUCAUGCAGGAGGCCAAACUGACUCCAAAGACCACAUUCAGUGAAUUUGCACAAAAGUAUGGCAAGGAGUCUAGGUUCAAGGCCAUCGAGAAGAUGAGAGAACGAGAGAGCCUCUACAACGAGUACAUGCUGCAGGUCCGCCGACAAGCCAAAGAGGAGGGCAUCAGCAAGGCUGAAAAGAUGAAGAAGGAGUUUAUGGCAAUGUUGGAGGACCACAAGGAGGAGCUGAAGUUCUCUGCCAGUACUCGCUGGAGCAAGGUCAAGGAUCUGAUGAAGUCAGACCCUCGCUAUAAGGGCGUCGAGAGCAGCUCCAAGAGGGAGGACAUCUUCCAUGAUUUCAUCGACCAACAUUUCAAGAAUAACGACGAUGCGGAGAGGCAGAAGCGCAUCGAGGUUAGUUUGCGUGAGCGCGAGAAGGAGGUGCAGAGAACACGGACUGAGCAGCAGAAGGAGCUUGAUAGAGAGAGGGAUCAGUAUAGAAAAGAUGAAGCCCAACAACAUUUUAAUGCUCUACUGGCUGACUUGGUACGUGACUCCGAUGCCAGCUGGCGUGAUACCAGGCGCUCUCUGAGAAAAGACAGCCGCUGGAAGCUGGCAGAGUUGCUUGACCGAGAUGAAAAAGAAAAGAUCUUCAACGAGCACGUUGGCAAUUUAUCUCGCAAGAAGAAAUCAAAGUUCAGGGAACUUCUAGAUGAGACAAAGUCCCUUGAGCUAACAUCGUCGUGGAAGGAAGUUAGGAAGGCCAUCAAGGAAGACCCUCGCUUCACCAAGUUCUCUUCUAGCGAUAGGAAACGUGAGCAUGAGUUUGAUGAUUACAUCAAAGAGAAAUAUUAUGACAGUAGAGUGGCCUUCAAGAAGCUUCUAAAGGAAACCAAGUUCAUCACAUACAAGUCCAAGAAGAUGAUCGAGGAGUCCAAGCAGCACUUUGAGGACAUUGAGAAGGUCCUGCAAAAGGACAAGCGGUACCUCAUCCUGGACUGUGUUCCCAACGAGAGGAAGGACAUGCUGAUGGAAUACAUAGACCAGGUGGCUCGGAGCGGACCUCCCCCGCCCCCGACGGCCUCGGAACCGUCCAGGAGAUCCAUCAUGAAAUGAGGAUCCGGCUCGCUGGAGUGAACCUUGGUCCGUCAGUUCCUGAAAGGACAGUAUUAAGAACGUCUAUACUUUGAUUAUAGCUACUUAGAUUGACUGCACAAUGGGUACUAGUCCAUGGACACCUGUGGAGUUUCCACGUAAAAUGAGCUGAGCCCCGCCCAUCACAGUGGAAGACACGAAGGUUAUUACCUGAUAAGGACCGGACUAGGUUCCAAGGACGGGUGUGGAUGAAGUGUUCCCCUAGCUUGUAAGACCAACGGGCAUGCAUUUUGAUGAGACUAUUAAGAAUGUUGCCGAUUGCACCUUGAGGAAUGGCUUUCCGAAUGGGAACGUAUCACUUUUGCCUGAAUGAAGCCGCCAUGUGUGAUUGAGGCUGAUGCUGAUACCUAAGGCAUCUAUAAAUGGAAGAUUCUUUCUGGAAUUCUGUGUAGAAGCUAUGGAAACCAUAAUAAGGGUUCCGCAAUCAGGCCCAUGGGCCGGUCGUCUGAAUAUUUCUUGAUCUUUAAUCUAAUCUUUACCAUUGUAAAUCUUGUAAUAGAAUUUGAAAGCACUCUUUUGAUAGGUGGCAGUGUGUCCUUGGACCUGGUCAUAUGACAAAAGUGUACGAUGUAAAGCCUCAGGUGCAUCUCAUUUCUGUCAUCUUGUGACAAUAAAUUAAGAUAACGGAUUAAAUAAUUUUCAAAAUACCAGCUAUGGUCUUUCUAAUUCUAUCCAGUUUUGUGCUGUUAUGUUGUAAUUGCACGUCAUGUUUCAUGUUUGUAAGAUGAUGAGAUCGCAAUUCUUGCUACAAACAGAAUGCCCUUCUGAAGUUGUGGGAAGUUCGUGCAUUUAUAAAGUGAUUAUUCAGCGUGAUUCAGUGCAUCCACAGAGUUCAAGUUCUGAGUCUGAAUGAAUGCACUUAAUUGUGAAGAAUACAACACCAUCCAAAAAAGAUUUUGGAUGGUGUUGUAAAAAGAAUUCCCUUGUACAUAUUUUUCAGCUUGACUGGUCAUUCUGAUGUGACUAUGCAGUUGCGCUGAAGACAUUAAACUGUUGCACACUGAAUCAGGGUGCUAUCCGUAGACAACCUUGGGGAAUUGGAAUUAAGUGGUAUACAGAGUGAAAAUAUUGGUUAAAAUAUUGACCAUAUCUGCAGCUGAAUGAUGAGAAUUUUGAGCUAUUCAUACACUGUAACUGUGAUCACAAGCAACUUUGAGUUAUUGCAGUCUUUUUCAACAGUCACAACCAGGGGCGAAUCAAGAAUAUACCAGAAGGUGGGACAAGAGUUUCUGACUUGCAUAAACAAAGUCUAAAGAAAGGGGGGUCACAUGCUCCAACCCCCCCCCCCUUCUUCCUUUGAUCUAUGCCUGAUUUUCAGGUUUAUAACUUUUCAAAUCGAUUUUAGGCUUAAAUUUAUCACCCCGAAAAUCUCAAUUUUCAUCAUGCAUAACUGUUUACCAACUCUGUUAAUUUUGUUAUAUUUAUGAAGUCCUGUUAUUGCAAUUUGUGAAUUAUUUUCUCUUCCCGUUUCUUGCAAGUGUUUUAAAGUGCAGAAUUAUUAUUUGUGAUUUCAGCUUUCCAAUAAUGCUAAUGAAAUGUACAUUAUGUCUAUACUAUCAUUAUUGACACUGAUUAAUUCCAAUGUAAAUUUUUGAACAAAAUUUUUUUCUGCGAGUCAUAAUGAAGAAGAGUAUAAAACGCUUCAUUUUAUAACAAGCUUCUUAUGAUGCUAAUUUGUUGACUGUAUAUGGUUUUUUUUUUAGACAAAACCAAAUUUACAAACUGAUGAGUGAAAUGUUAUUUUAUCCUCGUCAUGUCAAUUAAAUUAUGAAUGUUUUAUUUAUAAUAUUACUACAAGUAAUUGAAUAUUUUAAGUUAAAUCACAAAUAUACUAACGUCAAAUUUGAAGUUCAAUUCAGCAUUUUAUAGCUCUUAAAUACAUCUUAAUUACUGGCACAUCAAUUAGUAUUUACUCUUUUUGUUUUUAUGAAUUAUGUUGUCAGAAAAACCUGUAUGACAGCAUUACUUUGAAAUUGAAUCAUUCUAGUUGCAUUGUAUCCCCACUGCACAGUAAUUCUCAUAACUGGUAGUUCUCUCCUAAAGUUGCUGUAUGUUAGUGUCGUUAAGUUAAUGACUUGUGAUCCUUUCUCAUUGUAAAUGAUGUACACCAAAUUUUCAUUUAUAUUGUUUUAGCACCUAAGAAAGGAUCACCAGUCAUUUGUAAAGUAUUUCAUAACUUACAGCUUUUAUGAAAUAUAUACUUGAUCCACAAAAUUGACAUUUAUUGUAGGAUAUUUUCUUUUAAUGGAAUCAGUCCUCUUGUAAUGUUAACCCAAAUAAUGAUUAUACUGUAGAAUGGGGAGAAAGGUUAGGGGUGGAGGGAUUGCAAUUGUUUCCCUCGGUAUGAAUUAAAUGCUUAGUUGUCCAUGCCUUGUUUAGUGAAUUCAGUCGCAGAUGAUCUAUAGAUUUGGAGCAGAAAAUGUUGAAACAUUGCAGCUAGAUAUCCUUGAUAUACUGGAGGGGGCAGUACACUCCAACUGUCCCUCCCCCCCCCCUGCCCUGGCUUAUAGGAGUUAGGCUAUUAAAUUUAAUAUUCUUGAUCGAGUAUAAUUGAAAUAAUUCUUGAUUGAGGUAGCGGGGGGGGGGGGGUAUUUUAGCUAAUUCUACAACUAUCACUUUGCCAAUAUCUCUUUUUUUCAUGUAUGUUGGAAAUUUAGCUGAUGAAUUUAAUCUAUUUGAUUUAGAAAUAACUGGUAGAUAUACAUAAGAAGCUAAGGCACCUUUCUAGAUGUCUAAGCCACUAUUCAACUCAACUGCCACUCACUCAGCACCUUUGCCAUUGUUUAAUUAAUCCCUUGAUAUCGAUGGCCAAUCAGAAUUAGAGUUGUAUGCACAUUUUGUUUAAAACACUGACAAGGAACCAAUUGGAAUUGUCCUUUCACAUUUACAAUCCAUCGCAAACAUUCGGGUUACAGGGGCCUGUGAGAGCCAAUGUGAAAUCCUUCCCAGCCCUGUAGCUGCUAAAAGACAAUGGAUAUGGGGACACCACCAUGCUUGGCUACUCAAAACUUGUAUGUUCUCACACUGCUUAAAACUUCACUAUAACCUUCACACUUGAUUUGUUUUUAAAUUUUAUUUUUUAAUGUCACUCACAUUGUUCCAUACAUGAUCAGGCCAUAUCAAGACAUAUGUUAUUACAUACUGUAUGUGAGUAAAAAGUAAGAUACUGUUAAACAUUAUGUAAAGUUCGUACAUCUCUAGAUCCAAAUGAACUUCACUUUCAGUCAAUGUUGUACUAUUUUGUUGUGUUUUUUGAUGGAAUAAAGGUAAGGAUUUUUUCAAUGGA